AUGCGUAAAUUUCUGGCCUCGCUUGCGAAACCUCUCGUCGAUGCGCUUUUGCAACCGAACGUUUCUCGAUUGCAUUCCAUCAACGAGAUACAAAAAGCAGCUUCUGUCCGGUGUCACAAAUACGUGUACGAUUACAUCGCCGGAGGCAGCGACGACGAAUCGGCGCUGAGGAACAACGCCGAGAGUUUUAGAAAUAAGUUUGACGCGUAUCCGUUCGUAUUGAACGGCGUCGGGCCGGAGAAUGUGUGCACGAAAACUCGGAUUUUAGGGACGGUUGAAGUGGACGUGCCGUUCAUACCGGCGCCCAUCGCCGGGAACGCGAUGUUUCACACGGACGGAGAACGAGCCGUCGCGAGAGUUGCGAAGAGAUUUGGAACGACGUACGCGUUAAGUACGCUCGCAACGACGAGUUGCGAAGAGAUUAAGGCCUGUCUGGAUGAAAAUGACGGUGAUGGUGAUAAGACGCAUAAAAUGUUCCAGAUGUACGUCUGGAACGAAGGCGAGUUAGUGGACGAAGCGUUAAGAAAAGCAAAAGAGAGCGGGUUUGAAACGCUCGUGUUGACCGUAGAUUUGACGUGGUUCGGGAACAGAGAACGGGAUAAACGCAACGGGUUUUCGAUUCCACCGAAAUUGAGCGACCCAAAAUUUAUCUACGAGUGCUUGAAGAAACCGUGUUGGACGGUGGACGCGGUGAGAGGAUGGAAGAGCAGAACGUUCGAAUACGCGGCUUUGAGGGACGACACGAAAUUGAUGGAGAAACAAAGAGACGAUAUGGCCGGGUUUGUCAGAGAUGUGUUCAACCCGACUUUCGAUUGGGAAGACGCGAAGGCGUUGCGAGAGAAGUGGGGGAAGAAAUUCAUUUUGAAAGGCGUGCACAGAGCCGACGACGCGGUGAAAGCGUUUGAGUAUUUGAAGGCAGAUGCGGUGUGGAUUUCAAAUCAUGGGGGGAGGCAAUUAGACGGUGCCGUGGCGCCUUUUGAUGCGUUGCCGGGUAUUAGGAAAGCAGUUGGCGAGGAUAAAGAACUAAUCAUAGACGGCGGUAUUCGACGAGGCUCGGAUAUCGCAUUAGCUUUAGCGCUCGGCGCGAACGCAGUCGCGAUUGGGAAACCAGUCGCGUUUGGCUUAGCGGCAGGUGGUGAGAAAGGCGUGGAGAGAACGUUCACGAUUUUGAAAGAAGAAUUGGAACGGACGAUGGGUUUAGUCGGCGCGAGAACGAUUGCGGAGUUGAGAAGCAAAGGCAACGAAAUCUUCGUAAAAAGAGAACGGUUACGGAAUUCAUCAUGA